GAAUGUAUAUAAAGACUGAUACUCUCAACGAUGUGUGCCAACUUAGACUAAACUCUCACCAUGCAUAUCCACGCUAGACUGGCAGCCCUGAUGCUUGUGCUGACUCUUGAUGGUCAAGUUCACACAGGAAGAAUCAUUGGAGGACGUGUGGCGAAAGCACAUAGCAGGCCGUACAUGGCACUUGUGAAGUAUGGCUUGGACAGACACUGCGGAGGAUUUCUUCUAAACGAGGAUUUUGUCAUGACAGCAGCCCACUGCCAAGACAGCUCGUACACAGUCCUAUUAGGACUUCACGAUGCCCAUAAUCAACGGGAGGUACAGAGCAUAUCCGUGGAACAAUCAUUCCCACAUAAAGACUUCAACGAACAAGAUUAUAGUCAUGACAUAAUGCUUCUUAAGCUGAGCUCCAAGGUAAAAUUAAACGAUCAUGUGGCACCCAUUUCUAUGGCGGAUCGAAGUAAGGACUCUCUGCCAAAGUCCUGUUCAGUCUCAGGCUGGGGAAGAAACAACAGCAGCGAAAAUAUGUCUGUGGUACUCAAGGAAGCCAAUGUCACCCUGAUUCAAAAUAAGAACUGUGAAAAGCAAAACCUGUACUGCUCUGAAGGAGAGCCGAGACCAGCUGAGGGAGAUUCUGGGGGACCAUUGGUCUGUGAGGAUGGGAAAGCAUACGGGGUGGUGUCCACUGAAUCCUAUCAUCUCGAUGGCCAAGUGAUCGUUUUUUACACAAAGAUUUCUGACUAUGGGAGCUGGAUCAAUGCAAACCUGAAAAAUGCAUGAAAAACUUCUUAAACAUAAAAGAUUAGAUUUUUUCCAAAAAUAUUCACCAAAUUCAAAAUUUAUAGUUUAUACAUUUACAUUUGAAGAUUGUGAUACCAAUAUCAUGAAUUAAAAAAAAUCUGCUCGUGUUAUGGAAACCAAAAUUUUCUUUAAUGUUCUUUAAUAAUCUCAAUGAAGUGUUUUACCUAGUUUGGCCUAUAGAUAAAGUAAAAUGUUUUGUAUUCAUGCUACAACUUUUUUUUUGCUACAAGAGAAGAUAACUGUACAACUAAUAAGCCAAUCAUGGAACACAGAUUUAAACCAGAAAUGUAAGAGACUCAAUGCUGUUUAAAGAUGUAAUAUACAGUAAAUAACAAUUACAAUGCAUAUCAUUCUGCACCUAUAUGGCAAAUUAUAUACUGUAGGUUGAAUAUAUCAUUUAUAUGUGUAUUUCUCUUCCCUGACUUGAUGGAAGAUCCUCAGUAUUUUUUAAAAAUCUUUUUCAAAAUGUAACUCUUGCUCUGUCAUUGAAUGUGCUCUGCAUCGCUGUACUCUGUCUGAGAAUGCAUUAAACCAACAAAAAUACAA